AUAGAUGAACAUCGCACUCUUCGAGGAUUGACCAAGCGCAUAAGCUGCUUAUGUCACGAGAAUGUCGUGCCAAGCUAGCUUCCAUCUGCAUGGUGAGAUACCGUGUGAUGGCUAUCUCGUUCGUGUGCACGUUAGUGCUUUCGUCGUAUGGGAAGGCCCAGAGUCAGGAUCUCGUCCGUGUACGCUCGGUAACUCCGGGGUCGUGAACGCAGAUCCGGGAUAUGCGUCCAUCAUAUGGCAUCGCACACAAGCGUGAAGAUACAUAUAUCCUGACAACAUUGUUGCACAGUCCCGGGCCAUCAUUCUAUCCUCUCCAAUUCAAUUGGAUGCAAUUCGAUUCUUCACACCCUACGCAAUGUCCAAACGCAAAGUCAUGGCACAUGCUUGCGCAUCUUGCAAAUCUCGCAGAGUCAAAUGUGUUCAGACGUCUGACGACGUAUGUCGACGCUGCCGAAGGCUGGAAAUCGUCUGCUCUCAUUCGCAGCCAAGUGGCACAGACAAUCGCCGACGCAGCGCAGUCAAGCCUGAGUCAACAUUGUCCAACACUGAAGACACCGUGCCAACUAUAGAAAACCGCAGCAUUUGCGUCUUGCCGGACAUUACCAUCAAGCUAGAGCAACUCGACAGAAUGAUCGAAACGUCUCGUCAGCAUGGUGUUCGACCCGACGAGGUGAUCGAUCGACUUGAGCGCGAUAUUCAAUCGGCGCUGCAGCUAUGCCGACAACGUGUGCGCGACCCGACCGACGAUCCAUCAUUUUACAAUGUCGACCAUCCCCGGCGGUCUGUAAACACCUUCCGAUGGAUGCAGACCCCCAAUUUCAUGUUGAUCGGUCCGAAUUGGGAGAUAUGCCAUUUCAGUGCGGAAGUGCCUGCCGUCGUGAAGAACUUUCCUUGGGCGCAAUAUGGCCCUCCGGGGACGAUCAAUGCUUUUGGCCCGGAAUUGAACAGAGUCCAUUAGCAUGUAACUACAGUAAUAUAGAUAUCUCGUAUGCUCGAUGCU